GCGGUUCCGGGGGAGAGACACAGCGCGCCCCGCCCCCACUCGAGCCUCGCGCUGGGUCGGGGGUCCUGCUGGCCCCGUUCCUGCCCCUGCUCUCCGCGAGACCGAGGGGGGCUGCGGGCCGCUGCGGAGCGAGGCAGGCGGGCUGCGAGCGCCUGGGACCGGGCCCGCCCCUCACGUUCCAGAAGUGACUUUACCGAUGGAUCCCAAGCCCUUUGAAGUUGGACAUGCGGUACGAGAAGCUAUCAACAUCCUUUCCUCUUCCAGGAAUGGAGUCCAGAUCUCAGAGGCGCUUGGCACAAUUAAGUGCUACCUAGGUGGAACUGAAAACCAAGCCCCCCUGAAGGAGAGGGAAGAAUUUACCCGUGUGCAUUUUUCUGCCUUUCUGCGAGGUCUUGUCAGUAACCUGAGUCCAGAUUGGAUAGAACUUCUUACCUCUGAUCAGCAGAAGGAAUUAUGGGAUAGCUUUUUCUUGGAAGGGCCAGCUGACCAAGCCUUUCUGGUUCUGCUGGACUCCAUUAUUUCUAUGGGUCCCAGCUUUCGCCUGAUGAAGGUCAUUAGCAUCCUGGAACAGUUUCUGCAGACAGGACGCAUGUCGGCUCUGAUGUGGGAGGUCUGUCAUCAGCAGGCACAGGCUGGUUUACCCACAUUUCAAGAGACCCUCCUCAACAAGGUUGUGUGUCUGCCUGACCACUUGUGCAACAAGCUCCAGGGGAAUAACCUGCCUAUAUUCUUCCCACAAAACUAUUUCCCUCUGCUGGCUACUGAAAUCAUCCAGGUGUUGCAGAGGAUCUCUGACUCAUUAAGAGGUGGCUUGGACUGUUCCAUCUCCUUCAUGUCUCAAGUGCUGGGGAAGGUAUGCGUGCAUGGGAGACAAGAAGAGAUUCUGAAUGUGUUGGUGCCACGCCUAAUGGAUCUCACAAAGGUGGACUGCAUCUGGCAGAGGAUGUGCUGGCGACUGGUCGAGUGUGUGCCAGAUCGUUGGAUGGAAGCAGUGGUUUGCGGCUUUGUUCAGAAAGCACCAGGGGCGGAUGUCUUGUCUCGAUUACUGGGGAAUCUGGUUGUGAAAAACAAGAAAGCUCAGUUUGUGGUGACCCAGAAACUACUACUCCUGCAAUACAGCUAUGUGACUGCAGUGCUGCAGAACCUCCUUGGAUAUCUGGCCCUAGACAGCCUUCGACGUUCCUUAUUGAUCAAAGUGCUGAAAGAACUCCUGGAGACCUGGGGCAGCAGCAGUGCUGUGAAACACUGUCCAGUUGAGCAACAACUGUAUGUUAGCAAGGCCAUCCUGAUUUGCCUCUCCCACCUGAAGGAGCCUGAAAUAGAGAGCAACGGACAAGAACUUCUCACCAGCAUGAUGGGAGGGAUGAAAUGCCGCCUGGAUAGCAACUUGCCACGGGUUCGGCGUCUGGGAAUGAUAGUGGCAGAAAGCAUCAGUUCCAGAAUAACUACAGAUGGGCCCAGCCUGAAAUUCCAGUAUGAAGAUGAUGAUGAGACCAGAGAGCUAAAGUCUCUCCAGCAGACAGCACCACUACAGCUCCAUGUCACUGACCUGCCAAAUGCUGGCAGGAAUAACAGUCCAUCUGCUACACCAAAAGCUGUGUCAAAACCAAGUGGGAACCCACACCCAGCAACCCCUGCAGUGCCAGAGGAGGGAUCUGACUUGGAGCUUGACAGCGAUGAUGAUCUCAUCCCUUACGACAUGUCAGAGGAUAAAGAGCUGAAGAAGAUGAAAGCUCCUGUGUAUAUCCGAGACUGUAUUGAAGUCCUAACUGGAUCUGAAGACAUGGACAAGUGGGAAGCUACAAUGAAGGUUUUGGAGAGUCUGAUUCGAAGGAAUUCAGCUACUACAAGAGAGGUGAGCAUGGAGCUGGCUAAAGUACUGCUGCACCUGGAGGAAAAGACCUACAUAGAAGGCUUUGUGGAGCUCCGUAAGAGAGCCCUAGUGGCUGUCACCAUCACAGAUCCAGUACCAGUGGUGCAGUAUCUGACCUCCCAGUUCUAUUCCCUGAACUACAGUCUCUAUCAGCGCAUGGACAUUCUGGAUGUCCUAGCUUUGGCUGCUCAGGAACUCUCUCAGCCCCAGGCCUCUGGGAAAAAUAAGCCCUGCAGCACCCAGAGUCCCUGCAUCCAGACCGUCUCUGGCAGUGACAGCUCCCAGAACUGGAGAAGGAUUGUGGAUGAGAGGAUCAAAAGCAAGACACACCGUUUGGUGAAGGGUCAGUCUCUAGUGGAACCAGCUUGUGGCCCAAACAAAUUCAGUUCUUUAGCUGGACAUUUCUUCUUCCCCCUGAUUCAGAACUUUGACAGGCCUCUGGUGACCUUUGACCUUUUGGGAGACGAUCACCUUGUGCUGGGAAGGCUGGCGCACACUCUGGCAAUCUUGAUGUACUUUGCCAUCCACACUGUGGCAGCUGCUGCCAUGGGAAAGUCACUGCUGGAGUUCGUCUGGACCCUGCGCUUCCACACAGACUCGUAUGUGCGUCAGGGCCUCCUGUCUGCAGUCUCCUCCGUCCUCCUCAGUAUCCCCAGUGAGCGGCUGUUGGAGGACAUGACAGAUGAGUUCUUGGAGACCCAGUCCUGGCUGGAAGGUACUACAGAAUUCCUCUGCACUUGGAACGGGAAACAACUGAGCUGUCUCUCUCUCCCACUGCUGCGGAGGACUGGUUGGCAAAUGCUGAUUUGAUGGCCAUCCCUGAAUGGGAGAAGCUGCCCCGAGUUGGAGAAGGCACAUCAUUCUUGCAUUGGUCACUUCUGAUAAGCUUCAGCUGCAGAGCAUUUUGAGGACGAGAGUUCUAAGCAGCAUUUAAUUUGUCACUUUCCUUAUUCUGCCUCAUCCCCUUGGGUAGGUUAUGCUAGGUCCUGCCCUUAAAAUUCAGUUACUCCAUCAACUUGAAGGGAUUAUGUCUUUUCUUUGGCUCAGCUGCAGAGGUCCUUGGAGGGAAUCCCCUUUACCCCACAUGAGGCCUGGAGCAGUUUGCAGGGAGUGUGUCUCUUCUCAUGUCAGGACUUCACUGAGGUGCAGGGUCAUUCCCCUUUUCUCCCUACCCCACCCUUGCAGCAUAGUUAGCUCAAGCUCCAUGCUCUGGCAUCCUCUCCAGUUGCAUAUCACAGGCUGAGAAACUGGGGCUGUACACUCUCAUAUGGCUGCUUCCCCCACCUUGAGUAUGGAAACACCAGCCUGGAGCUCUCCCUGAGUUUAUAAAUAACCCUACUCCAGCCGUGUGAGUCAUGUGCUUAGGCUGACACAGUGCUGGGCUCUGAGCACACCGCUUGUGCGUACAGGAUAUCCUCACACAGACUCUCUGCUCUUCCAGACUCUCUCCUGCUCUGACUUCCUGAGUGCAUCCUGAGUUUUUACUUUGAGCCCAUUAUGGGCCUUUGAAAUACGUUUCAUGGAUGUUCUGCAAAUGCUUUAAUUUACAUGCUGCUCACAGCGCCAGGUCUGUGUGAAGGCACCAUGAUGGCUUGGGCCUGUCUUACACUUCCAUCAGCUGACUGCUAGUGAUACUUAGGGGCUAUUCUUAUUCUCCACUACACCCAUUUGUGCACAUGGUUAUGUGAUCUGUUGGUGAUUCUUGUGUGCACAUAGUCUGUUUGUACACAGUUAGAAGCUGCCUUAAAACCUGGCCCUUCUUUCCCUGAUGUCAGGUUCCCACACCACCUACAUUACCUGCCCCCAUGCCACUCACUUUGGAAUUAACAUUCUAAGUGUUAGUGUGCACCUGGGUGAGUGAGCAUGCACCAUAGGCUAAAACCAAUGUUUGGUCUAAGCAAUCUGAGUGUAGAUAUCUCGCUGGAGAUAAGUUGAGUAUCAUCUGGGCAGUAUGAGAAGUGGGUUAGUUUCCUUUCACUGUUAUUGGAUUUCAGCAGUUCAGGAAAGGACUGUAAAGAGCAUCCUUGUUUUCCUCCUACUCUCAAAUAAUAGCAC